AUGCUUCGCCCUGGUCCAGAGGAAGCAGUUUGGGCCGGAAUAGGAUGCAAGCGUCUGCAACGGUGCGGAAGCCGAGACCAAGAUGAUUGA